UUUUGCUUCUUCAUUCAUCAUAGUACUAUUUCUCUCUCUUCUUAUCUUGUUUCUCUCUCUUCUUCAUACAUACUUUUACCUCUCUUCUCGCGCAAGAACCACCACGGAGGCUCCGACCCGAAUCCGACGAAACGACUCUACUCCAGCUCCGUACACCUUCAUGCGCAUUUCCCCUACCAUUCUCGCAGAUUUUGCUCCUUCUCGUUUCCAAAUCUGUUUGAGAUUUUAGGGUUCUGAGGUUUCUGUGUUGGAUGUUGAUUUGGAAGAAGGGGGAAGGUAAAUAGGGUUAGGGUUUUCUUGAUUAUUUGCUGGGCGGAAAAGGGAUAUAUAUUGACAAAAAAGGAAGUGGGUUAGGGUUAGAGGAUAAUGUGUAUACUGUGUGUGAUUCAGAAGCUGUCACGCCGGGUUGCGACAGUGCUGCCUUGGUUGGUUAUUCCUUUAAUUGGUCUCUGGGCGCUUUCUCAGCUUCUUCCGCCGGCUUUUCGGUUUGAGAUUACUUCGCCUCGUUUGGCAUGUGUCAUUGUGUUGUUGGUUACUCUCUUUUGGUAUGAGGUUUUGAUGCCCCAGCUGUCGGCCUGGCGGGCAAAGAGGAGUGCUAGGCUUAGGGAGAGGAAGAGGUCUGAGGCUAUAGAGUUGCAGAAGCUGAGGAAGACAGCCACAAGGAGGUGUCGGAACUGCUUGAAUCCUUAUAGGGAUCAGAACCCUGGUGGGGGUCGGUUCAUGUGUUCGUAUUGUGGCCAUGUUUCAAAGAGACCGGCUUUAGACUUGCCUGUGCCGCCAGGAUUGGGGAUUUCCAAUUCUGGAAUAGUUAAGGACUUGGUUGGAAAAAGUGGAAAGAUUUUAAAUAGCAAGGUUUGGUCUGAAAAUGGGUGGAUGUGCAGUCAGGACUGGUUGGAGAACGGCAAUUGGGUUGGUGGGUCUAUUCCAGGUAAUUCUAGCAGCUGGAGGACGAAUGAGAAUGGUGGUGUUUAUGGAGAUGAGCAUUGUUUGACGGAGAGGUCAUAUUCUGGAACUUUGUUUUUUGUUUGCAAGCUUUUUACAUCCUUUUUAUUGAGCAUUAGAUGGCUUUGGAGGAAGAUUUUUAGAGUUAGUUCAAGGGAAGAAUGUUCAUCUGAUGCUGAACAUAGGGCACUCUUAGCAAAACAGGGUGAGAAUGGAGCAAGCCUCAAUGAAAGUAGAGUGGAAAAAGCACGAAGGAAAGCUGAGGAGAAAAGACAGGCUAGGCUAGAGAAGGAAAAUUUGGAGGAGGAAGAGAGAAAACAGAGGGAGGAGGUUGCAAGGUUAGUGGAGGAGCGUAGGAAACUGAGGGAUGAGAAAUUGGAAGCUGAAAAAGAUCGCUGUAGAUCAUCAAAUCCCAGUAAGGAGAAAAAUAGUCGGAAGGAAGCUGAGAAAAAGCGUCAGGAAAAAAGAAGAGAGAAAGAUAAAGGGUCUAGUAAGAGCAACUCUGAUGUAGAAGAAUUGGAAAGAAAAGCUGGAAAGGAAAGUGAACGGAAACGGGACUUGGACAAAAAGAGUGAAAUGGAUCGUAGAGAGCAUCAGAAACAUGGGUUAGAGAGUGCUAAGGGACAGAGUACAGACCAUGCACAUAGUAAAAAUGUCAUUGCAAACAACCGUGGAAGUACUGGAACAAGGUACCUUGAUCGCAUGCGGGGUACUAUUUUAUCCUCUUCCAAAGCAUUUGGCUUUGGAAGGGGUACUAAUGUAUCUGCCACUGUGGCAAAGGACAACAAGUUAAGCAGUUCUGUAGAUCAUUUUCAUACUGCUGCCAGCAGGAGAGAUAUUUGUCCUCCUGAACGUCCAACUGCAAAAUCCAACUUGAAUGCUGAUGAUAGGAAUAUUAAUAACUCUGUACUCCCAGAACCACAGCCAUGGAGAGCACCUAUAAUGUCAUGGCAGCAAUUAUUCACUCGAUCUCCAACUGUACCUCAAUCCUCAAAUUCAAACGUAAUAUGUAGACCAAAUUCCAAAGUUCAAGUUGAAACCAAAAGCCCUCAGUCAUCAGGCCAGUCACCAGUUACACAAUCAUUUAAUAAUCCAAUUCACUUCGGUCUUCCAUCACCGUUCAAAAUUUCCACUCAUCCAAAUGGAUCAACCAGUACUAGUCUUGGUUUCUCUCCUGCAAUUGAGCCAUUAUUCUCUCCUGCUGGAAGUACUUCACUUGAUCUUAGACAUGAUGAGCAAGAACUUUUUGAAGACCCCUGUUAUGAUCCUGAUCCAGUAUCAUUGCUAGGGCCUGUUUCAGAGUCACUUGAUAAUUUUCAGUUGGACUUGGGCAGUGGCUUUGGGACAGACAUGGAAGUAUCAAAGCCUCACUCUUUAAAAAACAUAUCUGCUGGUUCGGAUGUCAACAGGCUAUCUCCAAUUGAGUCCCCAUUGUCCCGAGAGAAGCAUAACUGUUCUAAUUGGUUUUCAAGUACCCCCAAGGGCCAAGACAUGCAUUCUUCUUUUAUGGAUGAUGCAGCUGCAAGUGAGAAAGGAACAUGGCAGAUGUGGAGUACUUCACCGCUUGGUCAGGAAGGUUUAGGCUUGGUUGGGGGCCCAGGAAGCUGGCUAUCCUCACAAAUGAACAUACCAACCAAGGACGAUUUUGUGCUUCCGUCAUCUCAAAACACUAUGGCUUCUUUUUUUAACAAAGAUGAUAACAUAAUUUCCAGCAACCAUUCUUCUCAAAAUGUUUUUGUCCCUAAUGUUCAUAGUGGCAGUAACUUCAGCCCUGUUACUGUCUCAAGUAGUUAUGAUCCUUGGUUACAGAGUGCUUUAUUCCCGCCAUUGUCAACCGGCUUUACAGCUCAGGAGGCGGCUACUCAGAAUGAAAUUAUAUAUGGAAGUCCCAGUGCAUCUGUUAGUAGCCAUGUGCUUGAGGGUUCUCCGGCUAACAGUUGGUCCAAAAAGGAAUGGCCUAUACAUGGUUCUGCGGAAAGUGUAGGGAAGCCAUCAUCUGUUUCAAAGACCCAUGAUGGUCUACAUCCAACCUCAGAUGUACAGUCAAUUUGGUAAUUUGAUUAAAACAGGAUGAUAGUGACAGGGUAUGAGGGACUUGAUAAACACAACUUUUCUGGAGGCUUAUGUAGCCUUUCUUUUGGGGGGAAGAGUUUAGAAUACUGAACGCAUUGUAUCUUCCUUUAUGAGUUGGGAGAUUAGUGUUUACAUGACGUUAGCAUUGGUAGGAAAUACAUGAUGUUGGUCUUGGAUGCAUUCUGAGCAAGGUAACAAGAGAGGUAGAUGCCCCCUUUUUGACGUGAAUUUGCCCUUAGGAGAAUUGUGCUUCAUGUUUCCUCGUGCCAUGAUCUUCAAGUAUGCAGCAAUGGAAAGUCUUAAUUAGAAAUUAACUAACAUGACCCGCUGCAAUUGAAAUAUAGUCGUGUUUUUUAUGUGUCUCGAGCUGCAUUUUUCUUAACACAA